CUAAGUUAUGACAAUAUUUGAAUAUAUAUUAAUGUAAUAAAUUUCUUAUUUAUUUAAUAGGUACUCCCAAUCUGAACACUAAAUUCAAGAUGGCCGAACUCAUGGAGGAAUACAAGAAAAUGAAAGUGCCUGAAUUAAAGCAAUUAUUGAAGGAAAAGGGUCUUCCAGUCUCUGGAACAAAGUCAGAUUUACUCAAACGUCUUGCAGAAGCAUUGGCUGAAGCUCAAGAUAGCACAAUUGAUGACAGUAUUAACAACAUAGAUGACAUUCUCAAUGACGACCCUGUAGACCCUGUCAAAAAUGAAGAGACAAAACCAGAACCUGCUGUACCAGCAAAGGCUGCAGUUACUGUUAAAGCAACUAAACCAGACCAGAAAGCAGAAACUGUUCCCUCAAAUGGAGAGUCAGAGAACAAAGAUGUAGCUGGAGCCGAGGAAACUAAACAGCCAGCCAAACCAACAGAAAUUUCUAAACUCUCUACCGAAGAGAGAUUGAAGUUACGAGCCAGCAAGUUUGGUGUGGUGUCAACUGACGCCAAGAAAGAGAUGAGGGCAUUGAGGUUUGGUUCAACAGAAACUAAUUCAACAGUAACAAGCAAGACCGAGACCAAAGUAACAGGAGAUGAACUAGAUAAAUUAAAGAAAAGAGCAGAUAGAUUUGGUACUGUGGUGGCUACAUCUCUUUCAAAGUCUGAAGAAGAAGAAAAGAAAAAGAAGCGAGGAGAAAGGUUUGGCACUACCAACACAAUGGCAGCAACAAAAAGACCAAUAACUGUCACUUCCUCAGAUCCAGAAUCAGAGGCCAAAAAGAAAAAAAGAGCUGAAAGAUUUGGACUUACUACAUAAUACUCUAGUUCUUAGUUUCAUUGCAUGAGUUUUUUUUUACUUUGACCAUCUGACCAAUAUGAUGAUUUUAAUGACACACAUUGGUGUACCUAAACCAUUCAUUUUGUUUUAGCAUUUUCAUUUCUUUAGUAGUCACGUCUAAGAGAUACCAUUUGCAUUUUUUUCUGUUAUCAUAACUGAAACACUGAUUUUUAAUGACCUUGCCUUUGAUAUAUUGAUAGAAUCUGAUGUAUAAAUAAAUGCAUAAGUAAAUAAACUCAUUAGUUGAAACUUG